AGGGCAAGAAAUCCCAGAGAAGACCACUGCUAUAGCUGGGGACCAAAGAUUGUGAUUUCUGGCAUGAUUCUUCCCUUGCUCUACUUUUGGGCCUCCAGUCUCUUCACCUGUCAAAUGCGUGGGGGGGGGGGGGAACAGGCCAUGAACUUCUCCAGCCGUACCAGCCAGAUGAGGGGAAGCAGUGACCUCACCAGUGAGCCUUGCCAUCCUGAGAUUUCAGAAGAAAUCCAGUGCAUCGUGAGUGUGGCUGGCGGGGCCACUCGGGCUGCGCUGACCAUGCACCAGGCCCGGAGAAACAACAUGGCUGAUGUGUCAGCCAAGGACGGCAGCCAGUAUUGAGUCACUGAGUUCCAGCUUCCGUGCCAAGUACCAAAGGAUGAAUGCUAGGACAGUUUUCACACCACAGUGUACAGAGUGCCAGUGUCAAAGAAGUUUCCAAGGAUGAGCCGGCAGGUGGUCCGCUCCAGCAAGUUCCGCCACGUGUUUGGACAGCCAGCCAAGGCGGACCAGUGCUACGAGGAUGUGCGUGUCUCCCAGACCACCUGGGACAGUGGCUUCUGUGCCGUCAACCCGAAGUUUGUGGCCCUGAUCUGCGAGGCCAGCGGGGGAGGGGCCUUCCUGGUGCUGCCCCUGAGCAAGACAGGACGAGUGGACAAGAAUGUGCCUAUGGUCUGUGGCCACACGGCUCCUGUGCUGGACAUCGCCUGGUGCCCACACAAUGACAAUGUCAUUGCCAGCGGCUCUGAGGACUGCACAGUUAUGGUGUGGGAGAUCCCCGAUGGGGGUCUGGUGGUGCCUCUGAGGGAGCCCGUCGUCACCCUGGAGGGCCACACCAAGCGCGUUGGCAUCGUGGCCUGGCACCCCACGGCCCAGAAUGUGCUGCUCAGUGCAGGGUGUGACAACGUGAUCCUGGUGUGGGACGUGGGCACCGGGGCAGCCGUGCUGACACUGGGCCCGGACGUGCACCCAGACACCAUCUACAGCGUGGACUGGAGCCGCGAUGGUGGCCUCAUCUGCACUUCCUGCCGCGACAAGCGCGUGCGCAUCAUUGAGCCCCGAAAAGGCACCGUCGUGGCUGAAAAGGAUCGCCCCCACGAGGGGACCCGGCCCGUGCAUGCCGUGUUUGUGUCGGAAGGAAAGAUCCUGACCACAGGCUUCAGCCGCAUGAGCGAGCGGCAGGUGGCGCUGUGGGACACAAAGCACCUGGAGGAGCCACUGUCACUGCAGGAGCUGGACACGAGCAGCGGAGUCCUGCUGCCCUUCUUUGACCCUGACACCAAUAUUGUCUACCUUUCUGGACAGGGUGACAGCUCCAUCCGGUACUUUGAGAUCACCUCCGAGGCCCCGUUCCUGCACUAUCUCUCCAUGUUUAGUUCCAAGGAGUCCCAGCGUGGCAUGGGCUACAUGCCCAAGCGUGGCCUGGAGGUGAACAAGUGUGAGAUCGCCAGAUUCUACAAGCUGCAUGAGCGGAAGUGUGAGCCCAUCGCCAUGACAGUGCCUAGAAAGUCGGACCUGUUCCAGGAGGACCUGUACCCCCCCACAGCAGGCCCUGACCCUGCCCUCACGGCCGAGGAGUGGAUAGGUGGCCGGGAUGCUGGGCCCCUCCUCAUCUCCCUCAAGGAUGGCUAUGUACCCCCAAAGAGCCGGGAGCUGCGAGUCAACCGGGGCCUGGAGAGCUCUCGCAGAAAGGCAGCACCAGAAGCUGGUGGCACCCCGAGUGCGGACGCCAUGUCCCGGAUGGAGGAGGAGAUGAGGAAGCUGCAGGCCACAGUGCAGGAGCUACAGAAGCGCUUGGACAGGCUGGAGGAGGCGCUCGAAGCCAAAUAGAUAACACCAGGGCCCUCAGCCGGGGCCAGCCACUCACACCCACUCGUCAGGACAGCAUGGCAGAUAAGAAAAGGAAAUAAUAAUAA